AUGCCAGCUCAAGUUGUGCUCGAUGGAGCGCCUAACGGUGCUCCCAACGGAUCGUCCAGCGGAACACUCAACGGAGCAUCCAACGGAACACUUAACAGCCCACCAAGCCCAGAGCAUACGCCGUCACCGGGGAGACCUCGCCAUGCUUUAAUCGACACCGAGGGGUUUCAAUGGGGCGAAGUGGACGACAAGUUCAUGCGUCUCGCAGGGCACCAUGACGCCGCUCGCGUGCUGGCCGCCAACCCAGCGGCAGCAGCGCUUGUAACGCCACCAGCCAUCCAGUUGCCACCACUCGGCCCGCUGGCACAUUUCAAGGGAUCCUUUGCUGGGACUGGGAUGAACCUCAUCUUUCGACCGACCAACAGCUCGACCAAAAUCCCAAGUCCAUUUGUACCUCCGACACCAGCUUUCCCUGCAGUACCCAAUGACUCCAUCUUGGAGAUCAAUCUUACCGAGGAGACACUCUCCUUCGCUGACCCUCUCGGUGACGUGCCUAAUCGUGGCUUCAACACUCAGCGGGACAUCCAUCUGAACGGGGUGCCAUACGUGCAGAGCGUCAACGACGUGACCAACACCGGGACCGGACGGGCUGAUGCGCCACCUAAAGGAAUCCACUUCGAGCCCGGAGUCUGGAUGCACGUGCCUGCCAGCACUGAUCCGACAGGAACAGCAACACUGAACCGCAUGGCUUCGAUCCCGCAUGGUACCACUAUCAACGCGCAAGGCGUCUCUCCCACGACUGCCAUCGCUGGACCGCCAAACUUCAAGUUGCCGCAGAACCAAGUCGACAUUACGCCGUUCAAGAUUGGCGAUCCUGGCAAUCGGCUUAACGACGUAUUUCCCUCACAAAAGGUUGAAUCUGUUCAUUCUGCCAGGCUGCCGCAGGAUCUCACCAAGUUUGUCGAGGAGGGAACCAUCACGCAAGAUAUCCUGGACAACCCAAAUGUGGUGCUCGCGAAAGCCAUCGAGGGCCAGAAGAUCACAGAAACCAUUGUGUUCAAAGUCACUGCAGGGCCCCAAGGCGUCGCCAGCACGACUACUACUCCUAAUCCCAUCGGAGGCGGAGGUCCGGCGAGCAUCGACUUCUUGAACGGAGAUGACAAGGGUGACGGACCGAAUGCUGAUGUUCCGUUCAUGUCUGCAACUUUCUGGAUCGAGACCGUGGAGCAGCAGGUCACGCUGCCGCCCUUUCCUCCAGGCCGGCAAGGACCGGUCAGGGUGAGGCCGCGGACCGCAAAUGCUCGUGUGCCUGCUCCGACUUUCCUCGUCCACCCGCCAGCUCAACACAUCACCACUCCACGGACCGUCGCGGUCAAGUCGACGCAAAUCCAGUACUCGCAGACGGUGUUGUUGAACUUUGCAACUCUCUCAUGGCCGCACGUCAGUGUUGGUACUUUGGUCCCGUCGGAUGACGUGACGGCGACGAUUCAUUUGUGA